ACCCCGCUGCUGAUCGCCGCCCGGCACGGGCACCUGGAGGUGGUGGAGUACUUGCUGGAUCACUGCGGCGCCCGCGUGGAAGAGGGAGGCUCAGUCAACUUCGAUGGGGAGACCAUCGAGGGGGCCCCGCCGCUCUGGGCAGCCUCUGCUGCCGGGCACCUGGGGGUGGUGCGCAGCCUCCUGGAUCACGGCGCGUCAGUGAACCAGACCACGCUGACCAACUCCACGCCGCUGCGGGCUGCUUGCUUUGAUGGGCACCUGGAGAUUGUGCGCUACUUAGUUGGGGAGCGUGGGGCUGACCUCGAAGUAGCCAACCGGCAUGGACACACUUGUUUGAUGAUUUCUUGCUACAAAGGGCACCGGGAAAUUGCACGUUACUUGCUAGAGAAAGGGGCUGAUGUCAACCGCCGGAGUGUGAAGGGGAAUACAGCCCUGCAUGACUGCGCUGAGUCCGGCAGCCUGGAGAUCCUGCAGCUAUUGCUCCGCUCCAAAGCCCGCAUGGAGAAAGAUGGCUAUGGCAUGACUCCUCUGCUAGCUGCCAGUGUCACUGGUCACACCAACAUUGUGGAGUACCUCAUCCAAGGAGGGCUGCAGCAGGAAGAGGAGGAGGAGGCUGCUGUGGAAGCACUGGAGUUGCUGGGUGCUACAUUUGUGGAUAAGAAACGUGAUCUUUUGGGAGCCCACAAGUACUGGCGAAGGGCGAUGGAGCUUCGGUGUGAGGGCGGGCAAUACCUGCCUAAACCUGAGCCCCGGCAGCUGGUGUUGGCCUACGACUAUUCCCGGGAAGUGAGUUCGCUGGAGGAACUGGAAGCCUUGAUUACUGAUCCAGAUGAGAUGCGCAUGCAGGCACUGCUGAUUAGAGAGCGCAUCUUGGGUCCUUCCCACCCAGACACUUCCUAUUACAUCCGUUACCGAGGGGCAGUCUAUGCUGACUCUGGCAACUUCGAACGCUGCAUUAACCUGUGGAAGUAUGCUCUGGACAUGCAGCAAGGCAACCUGGAGCCUCUCAGCCCCAUGACUGCCAGCAGUUUCCUUUCCUUUGCUGAGCUUUUCUCUUACGUGCUUCAGGACCGCUCCAAAGGCACUUUAGCUACCCACUUGGGCUUCUCUGACCUCAUGGGAGUACUGAGCAAAGGGGUCCGGGAGGUGGAGAGGGCGCUCGUGCAUGGCAAGGACCCUGUAGUUGACUCGGUGCAGUUCACCAAGACACUGGCCAUUAUCCUCCACCUGGUCUUCUUGCUGGAGAAGGUGGAGUGCACCCCGGAGCAGGAACACCAGAAGCGCCAGACUAUCUACCGCCUGCUAAAGUGCAGCCCCCGGGCCAAGAAUGGCUUCACUCCUUUGCACAUGGCUGUAGACAAAGAUACCACGACAGUGGGGCGUUACCCCGUGGGCAAGUUCCCAUCGCUCCAUGUUGUGAACUUGCUUCUGGAGUGUGGGGCUGACCCAGAUAGCCGUGACUAUGACAACAACACCCCGCUGCAUGUUGCUGCCCGUAACAACUGCCCGCUGAUCAUGAGUGCCCUGAUGGAGGCUGGAGCCCAUAUGGACGCCACCAAUGCCUUCAAGCAGACUGCUUAUGAGCUGCUGGAUGAGAAGCUGCUCACCAAAAGCAUGAUGCAGCCCUUCAAUUACAUUACUCUCCAGUGCCUUGCUGCUCGUGCCCUGGACAAGCACAAGAUUCCCUACAAGGGUUUCAUCCCCGAGGAGCUGGAAGCCUUCAUUGAACUGCACUAGGGCGGGAGAGCUGAAGUCCCCAGCCUUUCCCGUCACCUGUUUCACCCCGCAAAGGUAGUGCAGCCUGGGAUCUCAGGCCAUCCUUGUCUAGGUGCCGAAGGCCAUCGCUGUGCCGAGACGGGCUGCGAGCUUUGUCCUCAUCUGUCACCAUCAAGCUGGCGCGCAUAGGGGUAGGGGAGGAGAAGGCUCGAGAGCUCAUGGCUGUCCCUCAUUGUUGUCAUCUUCAGGUACCAGGUAUCUCCAGCGCACUGUAUCCAGAGAAGGCCGCAGCCCCUGCCCUUUUCCAUACCAACCAUCUUGUCCUGAGAAGGAAGGAAAAUGGAGAUCCCUGGGACCUGCUGCCUCUCCCAUUAGUGCUGGAUUAACUCAGCGUUAAGCUUUGGAGCAGCUACACGUCACACGUGCUCUAGCCCUUCCCAUCCUAAAUACCGAACAGAUAGGAAUGCAA